UAUAUUUUUAAAGUAAAUUCUAACUGUAUGUCAAUAAUGGUGGUAAGCACGAGUAUCGCAUAAUAAAAAGGUUUUAAAAACAGUGACAGGUCAAUCAGAUGCUUAGACUUGUUGUGGCCAACCGGCAUUCCACUACUGCUUUCAAUACACGAGGAAGGGGAGAAAGCUUCAUGAGAGGACAGUUUUGCACGACCACAUGUCUUCUGACAUUGUACCAAAAUAUUCAUUGUUAUUUAGUGUUUAGAACUGAAACUAUGUGGUGUACACGAUAGAUUAAUAUAUUAUAUAAAAUACCGUAUCAAAGGUUUGUUUUUAUUUCAACUGGUUGUGCAACAACAUUUUUUCAUAGUUAUUUUCUAUUGAUCAAUAAUUGUGUUAUAGUAAAUAGGUAUAAACGAUAUGAUUCAAACGGGACUCUGUAUUUUGGCACUGGCUUCGUCGGUUUACGGCACCUUCAGGGGAAAGGGAUUGCUACAAGACGCCUUGCAUUUCGGCACUCAACCGAGUAACCUAACUAGAGAGGAUUGCAUUUACAGACGAGAUGCAAACGAUUCGUGCCCCGGGCAAGACAUUUUAUUCCUUUACUAUACGAUCAGACAAACACCUAACGGGCCAGAAACUGUAAAACAAAUAAUUGAGUUCAGGUCACCCGCAUGGCUCCAUUCCAGCGGAUGGGACCAUUCGCUACCAACCGUUCUUAUCGUGCACGGGUAUGGCGGAGUGUCUCAGGACUAUUUACCUGCAGCAGUUCUGAGAGACGCUUAUUUGUCCAACGGCAAGUACAAUGUGUUUAUGGUGGACUGGGGCAGACUGGCGGCAAUCCCUUGCUACGCAGCUGCCGUUUAUAAUCUCAAGUCCGUGUCCAGAUGUAUAGCUUUGAUGUUGUCACAAUUGCGAAACGCCGGGCUAAACGUCGACCAGUUAACGUGUGUGGGCCAUAGUUUGGGUGCUCAUAUGUGUGGCAUGAUGGCAAACUAUUUACCGUUCAGGAUGCACCGGAUCAUUGGUAUUGAUCCCGCACGACCUCUGAUCAGGAACAGAGCUGCAGGACGACUGGAUUCAGGAGACGCUGAAGUUGUGCAGGUUAUACAUGCCACGGCUAAUUAUGGAGAUCUAAGACGUAUGGGACACGUUGACUUUUGCUUGAACGGCGGGCACGUCCAGCCUUUCUGUUUGAAUGCUUCUAAUAGUGAGCUAUGCAGCCAUUCUCGAAGCGUGUGCUACGUUGCAGAAAGUUUAAACCCAGACUUAGCCCGCAAGGCAUUUCCGUGUGCCAGAAGAUGCAUGGGAGAGGGUUCAACACGACCGGUCGUCAAUUCUCUGGGACAGGCACCUUAUGUCCAGCUCGGGCAGCACACUCCAGACGAGAUAAGAGGGAUUUACUGCGUGGUAAACACAGAUGCGCCUUAUUGUUCAAAAAAUAACGUACACGGUAGUCCAUAUUGCUGCGCACCAACGUCGUCGGACACUCAAGUACAAAUACAAACAGGAGUUGAUCUUGUAGGAAAUUUAGGACCAGACGAAUAUUGAUAUAUAAUAAUAUGUUGUACAAAAAGUUAGUUUUUAAUAAAAAAUAUAAAAGAAAAAUGUAUUUAUAACGUCUUAAAUUUAUUGUCUUUACAUAUAAUGUACAAAAUGUCUUAAUUUAAAUAAUAUUUAUAUACAUGUAUGGUAAUAAA